AUGAACUCCGCGACAUCGUCACCGCCGUGUUCCUCAGCGCCACCUGAGGGUCAUGUGGCAGCAGAAGCAUCGGAGUCAAAUAUUUAUACAGCCCAACCGCGGUGGUCGCACGAUGACGAUGAUAGUGUGAGCGUGGUGCAAAGCACACACGACUACACACAACGCAUCUUCAAGACCAAGCCUCAGAGUGCGCAGUGGGUGCGAGGGUUGGCAGAGGAUGGCGAGGAAGACUAUCCCACCGGUGGCUUUCGGCGGCGCCGAGCUAACAUACACAAGUGGGAGGAGCUUGACGACACCCUUGACGAAGCGUUACAAGUCACCGCCCACGCGGAAACAUGGCGUCGUCAAUGGUUGCUUUACCCCAACAUCCUUGCAAUAGCCUACCUGUGCUUGAUCUUCGUGCGUAUGAUGAAGGGACUCCAUCGCUCUUACCGGCUCGAUUACCCCACCACGCCGUGGCAGCUGGAACUGUACGGGCGCCGGUACGGCGAGAACGGUGUCUCCUUCCUGAUGCGCGUCUGUGUGCCACUGGCGAUCCCGCACGCGGUGGGGGCAGCGUACACGCUGAGUCUAACGUACAUUAUUGGUGGGGCAGCACGCAGAUUCACUGCCCUGUGCGGCGUUGGCUUGUCGCUGCUGUCCAUGGGCGCGCUCUUCACGCAGAGCUCGCUGCUGUUCGCAUGUUGUGGCAUCUCGCCCUACAGUCAACGGUGGGAGUGCGACUUGCCAUUUGUCCUCCACCACGUCUGCAGCGCCAUUCGGGUGCUGUGCCCGCUGCUAGCGGUGUGGUGUGUGGCUCCGGUGCUGGACCAGCUGCGGGGCUGUGGCUACCGGUGGCGGUGCGUUCUCGCCGUGCCCUGCGUCAUGGCCUUAGCCUGCCUGGCCAGUUCCCUGUACGAUGAGGUGCCCUCGCACAGAAUGUUGGAUUUGGCGCACAUUUCGGUGCUCAUCGCCUGGCCUCUGUUCGUCAAGUCAUGUUGGAAGCAGAAACGCUUUGUAGCGGUGGUUACGACGGAGAAGCCGCACGAGAAGUAA